AAUGGUGGAUUAAAUAGAUAGAUAGAUAAGGACAAUGUAGGUUGCUCUCUCUGGAUCUGCUUCUCAUUUCUCUCGGUAGUUUAUAUAUAUUCACAACCAAACCUUAUUUGCCUGGAUUUGGAUUCGGAUUUGGAUUCGGAUUUGCAUUCAUUCAUGUCGAUCGCAUUGGAUAGGAUCGGUGAUGUCGCGCCCUCGUCUGGCUUCAUGCACGGUGGGGCCAUGUCUUUUGGCUUGAUAUUCGAGUCGUCGCCGGGAGAGGAUAGAGCUCCGGCCGUUGCGUCUUCCUCGUCGACGUCGAUUGGGAAGAACAGCGACGGGUUGUCGGACGAAGGCGACGAGGAAAAUGACGAGGCUCAGAGCUCGUAUAAUGGUCCUUUGGAUAUGAUGGAGGCUUUGGAGGAGGUUUUGCCUAUCAGGAGAGGCAUCUCCAAGUUCUAUAACUACAAAUCCAAGUCCUUCACGAGUCUGGCAGAUGUUUCAACUUCUUCCUCCAUUAAAGAGAUUGCGAAGCCAGAUAAUGCCUAUACCAGGAAACGCAGGAACCUGCUCGCUUCGAAUCUCUUCUGGGACAAGAAUCGGAAUUCCCCACUGAGUUGUAGGGGUGGGAUAUCAAAGUCCUCCUCAAAGAGAACAAUCACCGCAAGUCAAAGCACCUUGGCUUUGGCCGUGGCAAUGUGCAGCUCGGAAACCAGUCCCAGUACAAGUGGUGAUUCCAAUUCAAGCUCCCUUACUCCUCCAUCCUUCAAUAAACUCGGAAAUCACGUUGCUUGGCGAUCAUUAUCCUUGGCUGAUUUGCAAGAAUGUGCCACUUCUGCAGCUGUAAAUACCACUUCUCGCUUCUUUCCUUCAAAACCAAAUUUGCAGCCCUGACUUGAAACGCCACACCGUUCUUGCCCAUAUCACAAAGCAUCGUUUGCUUUAGAGUUGAGUAGUAUCUGAUCUAAUCUUGUUUGAAAAUGUAACCCUAGAACUUUCAUUGUUAGUUUGUACAUAUACUUAACUAGUAAAACCCACAGGGAAGAAUAUGCAAUCCAUGUAUAUUGUUACAAAUAUGAAGUGCCAAUAUCGGUGGUUUGAUGCUU